AUGAAGCUGGUGAAGUUGCUGCUGCAGAACGACAGCAUUAGAGCGCUGGCGCUGAAGUUUUACGAGCCGGACUGCUUGGAAGACGAAUUGCUGCAAUGUGCAGAGACGAUUACUCUCGCACUAUACAAAGACAAAGAACAGUCUUCUUCUCUCGGGACUUUCAGAUACAAUUUGUUUUCUACAAACUUAGCAAAGGCAAAAAAGGAAACGCCCCUAGAAUGUCUCCCACCAACAUCUCCUGCCUUGCUUCAGCACUGUAAACGACGAGCGUAA